UUAAUGAUUCCAUUUGAUGUUCUUAGUGUUACUAGCAGCUUUUGGUUUCUUUUGAUUGAAAAACCAUAGGAAUACGAUUUCAUAAACAAUUUAUUUUCAGUGCUCAAUCAAUCAACUCGUUCCGAUAUUCAGUUGUCAAGGCAAGAAGGACUGUAUUGAAGUGUGCCUCAUUCUUAAUUUCAAUCUCCAUCGAUCAUUAUCACUCUUUCGUUUUGUCCCUUUGGUUUUUAUUUUGAAACUCUUUUUACAUAUAAUUAAUACUAACACUUAGUUUUUGUUUUUAUAAAUUAGUUUGUUCAAAUUAAAUUGUUUUUCAAAUUGUAUUUUAAAUUGAUAAAACCUCUGCAAUGCAUUUGAAAAGUGACUCCUUUAUGAUUUACCUUUUUGGGUUCGCCACUGUGGGUUUGGUGACGAGCAUGGUUUGCCUGGUGGUUCCCCAAUUGCGUAUCUGGCUGGCGGGGAUUUACAAGAUCUAUGCGGAUUACACACCCGUUGUCUAUUUAAGUGAGGAUCGUUUGAGCACCGUUUCCAAACGCCGACUGAAUGUGGUGGCCAAAAAGACCCUGGUACUGGACAUGGAUGAAACGUUGAUAACUUCGUGGAUCAAAAAGAGUAAUGGUCGUGGAAAGAAACCACCACCUGGUGUGCCGCAUGACUUUGAGUUUCCCUUGCCGGACUACGAUGGCACAGUCUUUGUUUACAAGCGUCCCCAUGUGGACUUCUUCCUGAACCGAGUAUCCAAGUGGUAUGAUCUGGCCAUUUUCACAGCCGGAGCUGAGAUAUACGCAUCACCCAUCCUGGACUUUUUGGACGGAGGAAGGGGCAUCCUGAGCAAGCGAUUGUACCGGCACCACUGCAUCGAUGUCCUUGGACUAAGGGCCAAGUACGUAUCGCUUGUUUCACCGGAUUUGGCCAAUGUCCUGCUAUUGGAUAACUCAACCGUGGAGUGCAGUUUCAAUGCGGGCAACGCCAUUCACAUCAAGCCCUAUCGAAUCGGCAGUCGGGAUGAAGCUCUCAUAAACUUGCUUCCGUUUCUGGAUGCCCUGCGUUUCACGAAGGAUGUGCGAUCGGUACUCCAACGAUGCACUCGAUUCGAGUGUCUCACCACGUUACUAGAAAGUGUCACCUUGUGAGAUCCACAUCAGGAUUUUUUGCGUUUUUUUUUGGGUUUUUUUCGUUUUUAUUUUAUGUUAAAUUUCAAAGCAUUGAAUCACCUCCUUAUCAAUUUGGACUUUCAUAUAAGGUCAUUUUGAUUUAAUUUUAGAAUUAACAAAUUUUAUUUUGGGCUGACAUUUUAAGAAAUUAUUUUGAUUUUACUUUAAGAGC